AUGGAGGCCACGGGGGGGCCACCGCUACGACCACGGCAAGUGGAGGCCACGCCAUCGGAGCCCAAGGACUGCCAGAGACACCCCGCCGAUGCGUCGGCGCCGGCGCUCGAUUCGGAGCCCGGCGCGAGGGACGAGUCGUUCCGGAGCGCUGUGGAGUGCGCUGGAGUGCUCCCGGACAUACGAGUGGAAGAGCAGGCCUGGCCAGAGCACGACGCGGCGGAGGAGCCCACGCAGUGCGCGCCCAUGACGCACGCGCUGUCGACGUCGAGCCUGACCUCCCUGGACGAGCCGCCGCGGCGGAGGCCCUCGAAGUUUGGCCCGAGGGAGGCGAGGCGCAUGCAGGCCAGGGCCUGGAAGCCGCCGCCCCUCGACCGCGCGGAGGAGACGAAUCAGGACGUGCUCGACGAGGACCAAGCCUCACAAGCCUUCUCGGCGCCCAGCCGCGUGCAGUCGGCCAGCAGCAGGGGGUCCUCCGCGUCCUCGGCGGCGGGGGAGGCGCACCAGCCCGAGCCACUGGAGGGGAGCCCUCGGCGACCCCGGCGGCCCGCGAACGACGCGGUGGUCACCCAGUGGGAGGCGCUGGAGCCCGCCAGGAGACCCAGGCUGCACAGGCUGCACACGAUGCCGGCGCGCGCCGGGCUGCCGGCCCGGGUUGUGGCGAUCGUCAUCCUGAGGCCGGCUCGGGGGGGCGCCAUGCGGGCGCUUCUCGCGUUCGCCGCGGGCGGCGUCGGCAGCGGGCUCGUCAUCUACACGGUCGUGAUCGUCAGGCUGGACAGCUGCCACUCGCUGACCGCGGCGCCUGCCACGCCGCCCGCGCCGGAGCCCCGCGCUGGCGAGGCGGCGCUGCGGGAGCUGCGGGAGCUGCGCGGCAAGGUUGCGCAGCUCGAGCUCGACAACGCAGCCCUGGUGAGCAGAGCGCGGGAGGCCGCUGCGCCGCCGCCCGCCGCGCCGCGGGGCGCGGAGCCGGAGGCGGCGGGCGCAGGCUCGGCGGCCGCUGCGGCGGCCGUGCAGUUCCAGCCGCCGCGCCCGGGGGGCCGCAUCUCGGCCGUGGGGCUGGCCGCCGUGGCAGACAGGAUGCACGCCCGCAAGUUCGACGUGUCCAUCGCCAGCCAGCGCUGCUACGCCGAGCGGCACGGAUACGAGUACACCGUGCUGGAUCCCGCGGACUACCCCGCGUGCAAGCAGCGGGAUUUCUUCUUCCGGAAACACUGCACCGUGGCCAGAUUUCUGGAGACGAAGGAGCCCGACUAUUACCUUUUUGUGCUGGACGGCGACAAUCCGAUGGUGCUGCUGGAGCGGAACCUGGACCCCUGGCUCGAGGAGGCCCGCCUCACGGACGUCGUGCUGUACGAGAGGUGGAUGAACAACGAGAUCAUGGCUGGGAACUACGCCAUACGGAACUCAGACUGGGGCAUCAAGUUCGCAGAUGGUUGGGCCGCAUACGAUCGAGUUGACCAGCCCAAGGGCUACCACUCCUCCGACAAUGGCGCGAUCCACCUUCAUCUCCUGCGGUGGCUGCGCAUCUCCAAAUGGACGCUCUGCGCGUACAUGUGGGACAACCUCAGGGGGAAUUCCAUGAACCUCGACGAGUAUUUCCAGUUCGUGUCCUGCACACGGCUGCUCAUGGGCGCUCCUCGCCGCUGGAAGUUGGACGGGCAGUACCGCGUCACAAUCCUGCCCCGGGGGCAUUCGUGGUCCGUCGACGGCGGCACGGUCAACGGGAAGGUCUCGUCCGUCGGCCCCGUGUCGCACCACGGCCAGAAGACCAAGGACAAUUACCUCAAGUACUUCACCGACAGCUUCGUGGAGGGCCAGAGCCGCUCCUGCUCCACGAUGGUGCGCCCCGAGACUUGGGUGGAGAAGGACGAGUACCUCAAGUUCAUGGGGCGCGGCAUCCGGGAGCGCGUCGCCGGGGCGGGGUCUGUCCAUCCCCGAUCCAUGGCGCACAUCGCGGCCCCGCCCUGGGACAGGAUGUACGUCGACUGCAUGCAGACUCUCUCUUGCCGGCCGCUCGAGUACGAGGCGCCGCUCGUCGUGAUCGAACCCGCGGCGGAGCAGCGGGCGCUGCCCUUCAUCAGGAUACCAGAGGGAGCGCGGUUCCAGCCGUGCGCGAAGGACGGGCAGAUGUGCACUUGCACCGGCGUCGCCAAGUUCGGGCCAGCCGCGGAGAACAAGAAGCAGUCUGCGCUGGCUCACGUGGAGGCCGACCCUGGUCAGAUCAAGUGCAAUAUUGACACCUUUGGCGAGGACCCCGCUCACGGCACCGCCAAGAGCUGCUUCUGCUACUGGAGUGUGUGA